CAGAAUCCUCCAUCGGUCGCACAGUCGGACAAAAACAAAAUAGAAACAAUUCCCUAGCCGGAAUGGCCUCUCGGAUGGUUUUGUCGCCCGCACGCCGGCUGGCCAACGUGAUUGGAUCUCGGUCCAUCAGCACACAGGUGUUCGGUUCCCAGUGGGCCACCAUUAAGGAUGAAAUCACACACACUGGCCAGUACUACGAAGCGAACGACUACCGAAAUGCACGUUUCGUGAACGCCACCAAAGUAGUGAAUCCCAAUUGGGCCAUAAAAAUGAUCGACGAAGCCCCGAUCAUCAAGUCAAAGGAGCGUGUAGUAUGCUGUGACGGUGGCACCGAUCCAGCCCUCGGUCAUCCGAAGGUGUACAUUAACUUGGAUAAACCGGGCGCCCAUGCUUGUGGAUAUUGCGGACUACGAUUUGAAAAGAUUGAUCAUCAUCACUAGGAAUGGGUCGUUGAAAACUGUUUGUGAAAUUCACCGUUAGUCAAAUAAACGAAGGAAAAAUGGCACAUUUUCCGCAAAAAUAACCAAAUCGAGAGCCACUAUGUCAUGCAUAGCAUGUGACUAUCUGUUGUUACAAUCUUCGCUUCCGACGAAUAAUGAGUGUCCAUCGGAAUAACAUUUAAAUGUCGUAAUUAUUUUGUAAUUAGCGAAA